CAUUCGUGCUUUUUGUUUUUGAGCAGAGUUCGCUGCCACAUGACGGACUCGUUCACGCAGUUCGAGCGCGAGUUCGGCACCCUCACUGCCGACCUCAUCCGACGCAUCUCAUCAGAGAUCCCCAACGCCACAGGCGAUGUUCGGCGUGGACUCAUCCGCCGCGCCCAACAAGAGCUCCGCGAAGUCCAAGAAUUGGUCACGUCGAUGGACCUCGAGUUGCGCGAGAUUGUCGCUUCAGAGCGCACAAAGUACAAGAAUCGCGUGACGAGCUACAAGGCUGAGGCAGAGCGCAUCGAACGCGAUUUGCGCAAGGCAGAAAUCUCGGUCGACGGCGGCAUGGCUGCGCGCGACGAGCUGCUCCGACACGACGAACUCACAACCUCGCUCGAUCAGCGCCAGGCGUACGCCAGCUCCACACAGCGCAUCUCCCGAACGAGCGAGAAGCUUGUGGAAGGCCAGCGCAUGCUUCAGGAAACGACAGAAAUGGGCGCCAACGUCAUGGUCGAACUCGAUCGCCAAGGCAAGGUCAUUGAGGGUGCUUCCAACAAGGUGCACGAUGUCGAUAGCUCGCUUGCCCGCAGCAUGCGGCUGCUCAAGUCAAUGUCAAGAAGGUUGGUGCAAAACAAGGUCCUCCUGUUUGGCAUCAUUUUUGUCCUGAUUGGCAUCAUCUUUUUGGCCUUGUUCUUCAAGUUCUUCUAUAACAGCGACAGUUAAACGCCAAUCAAACCCGCGUUAGCAGUUGUUGGCAAUUGACACCCAUUUUGUUUGUUUUGGUUUUUUUGUUUUCCUUGUUUCCUUGGGGUUUUGGUCUUGUUGUUGGUUUGCCUUUUUUUGGUUGUUUGUUUGUUUGUUUGUUUAUUGUGUGCGUUUUAAUUUUUUAAAUGGUUCUUUUGACUUUUGCA